AUGCGCGAUCCGACGGCCAGAUGUCUGCCCGUCGUCGCCGUUGCCCUGGCCAUCUUCCUGCAAGGAUUUCUGGACUGGGAUUUCCACGAAGCUCCUGCCAAACCCGACAUUCAAGCUCAAGUCAAACAUUGUCCAGUUAACCCAAACCUGCCGGUUGAAAAGCUGGUCUUUGUCGUCAUCGAUGCCUGGCGAUUCGACUUUCUAUCCCAACGAACAGAAAUGACGUGGAUGCGCGGUGAGCUUGAGGCAAAUCGAGCCGAUGCCUUUGACAUGGCCGUGUAUUCGCCUACAGUAACCAUGCCCAGAAUCAAGGCAUUGACGACCGGGGAUAUCCCGUCAUUCUGGUCGAUUUUGCUCAAUUUUGGCGGCUCCGGCGGGUCGGGCAGUGACAGCUGGAUUCGGGCGGCGCGAGAAGCCGGCAAAAAAAUCAUCUUCUAUGGCGAUGAUACUUGGCUGUCGCUAUAUGGAUCGGAAUUAACGAGAUCGGAAGGUGUCGUCUCGUUUUUCGUAAAGGAUUAUACAGAGGUCGACAACAACGUGACCCGACAAAUCGGCAACGAAUUCGCGGAACAACAAUUCGCCGACUGGGACGUGCUGAUCUUGCAUUAUUUGGGACUCGACCACAUCGGCCAUUCCCUCGGCGGCAGUUCCGGAAUGAUUGGCAAAAAAUUGGCGGAAAUGGAUGCGAUAAUUUCUGAUAUAGCUGGACGACUGGAAAAGCAGACGGGAAAAUAUGCGCUUCUCGUCGUCGGUGAUCACGGGAUGACCGAAGCCGGGGGUCACGGCGGAUCCAGCGUUUCGGAAACGCACGUGCCGCUUUUUGUGAAGAUUGGAGGAGUUGCUGAUGUUCAAGAAGGGCUGCAAAAAGCCUACGCAUCGAUCGACCAAGUGGACGUGGCCGACUUCGCCUCGCUACUGCUUGGAAUAAGACCAAUUUCGACGUCAAUCGGCGUCCCAAUUCAUUAUUUGUUGAAUUCAAGAAAUUUAAAAACAUCCACGAUCGGGGCAUGGCUGACCAGCGCCGAGAAGCUGAUAGCGCGCCUAGCGAGCACAAAGUAUGAAGAUGCCCAAUUACACGCGUGCGCCCGGCUAUUCGAGAAGUUGAGCGAGCAGUGUCAGGAUUUGAAGCCGGAUGAUGAGCGUAUUUGUGGUCGUGCUCUCCGCGACGCGCAGUCCCACCUGAUCCGCAACAGCUCGAGCCUGGACCUGACGUCGCUUUGCCUCAGCUUGACGAUGUCGGCAAUGGUUUCCCUCUAUUUGGCCGGCUUCCUCUGGAGAACGGCCGGAGGAUCAAGAAAACUGGCAACGUUUUGCGGCGUCUCCGCGCUUCACUUUUUGUCGUAUUUCGCGUCAAGUCUGGUGGAGGAGGAGCACGAUAUUUGGUACUUCUUGCUGGGCAGCCUGCUCGUCGUCGAGUGCCUCUCGCGAGUGCGUGCUCCCUCGCCCAGUCGGUCCAUCUACGAACUAGCGCCAACCUUCUUGAUCUUCGUGGUUCACCGCGCCAACGUGGCCCUGUACAGCGAAAACCGAAGAAGGAAUCUGGAAACUAACGGCACUUACCCGCCAGCAUUCACCACAGAUCCGGAAGUGUUUGGGACGAUAUUGAAGCACCUGCCUGCAUUUUUGCCAAGUAUAUUUCCGGUGCUGAUCUUCAUCGGAAGCUUUGCGCGUCAGCCAAAUUUCCGAGAUGCUUCCGUCUUGAUAGCCGCGGCAUUGUCAAUUUUUGCAAAUUCAGAGCUGACCGACUGGAUGCCAUAUAUCUGGGCGCUCGCCCUGCUGGUGACGCUUUUUAAAAGGGACAGCCUGGGGAUGCUGAUUUGGGCGGUUUCCCUCUGCCACCCCGGUGAAGCUGCGGCGUGCCUCGGAUGCUACUACAUCGGAAAAUCCCUCAAGUCCGCGCCCCACGUUUUGAGCGUCGCCAUCCCGGCCGCCUUCUUCUACAUGGGAAACUCAAACUCGAUAGCCAGCAUUGAUAUCGCCACCGGGUACGCCGGCAUGGCCGAGUAUCAGCCAUUGCUCGUCGGCGCCCAGAUUCUGCUCCACUGCUACGCGGGCGUCAUCGCGUUGCUGGUCGGAUUUUCAGGAGGGUCCUCGGUCGGACAUUGGCCACUACUGCCAAGUCUUCUCUUCACGCGCACAACCUCGUUGACCGGCUCGCUGAUCUCGCUGCUCGUCUUCCGGCAACACCUCUUCGUUUGGUCCGUCUUCGCGCCAAAGAUCCUCUACGAGUGCACGCAUUUUAUGGUGUUUGUUGUGAUGUACGCGUUUGCAAGGUUUCUCAAUAAA